GAAUGAUGAAGCCCUGCUUUCUUGGAAAUGGCUAAACAUCUGCCUCUCAAUCCUAUCGAAUGAGGAUUUUCCAUCCUUUUGAUAAAAAAGUGGACUCAUCUGUGAACUCACACUGACUAUCCUGCAGCACAAAGUCAGCAACGGAGCUUUUUUGUCUGGCAAGAGACACAUAAACAGGGAGCUAUCUCAAAUAGAUUUGAAAUGAAUUCUGAAGAUGAAAAGGAGAAACUUAAAGCAGAUGGAAAUAGUCAUGAGAUCACUGCACCCAGUCAGGAUCGUGAAUCUAAAGACAAAGAUGAGAAAAAGAAGAAGAAGAAGAAAGCAGAAAAGCCUAAGCUGGUCAGCCCAUUUACACUGUUUCGAUACUCCAAUUGGAGAGACAAAUUACUAAUGAUAGUAGGCACUGCCUUUUCAGUAGUCCAUGGAAGCGGUCUCCCUGUUGGAAUGAUAAUUUUUGGUGAUAUGACUGACAGCUUUGUUGAUUCUGAAAGCUCAGAUUUGCCAGCAAAUAUUUCAGCGAAUAUCACUGAACUGGUGAAAAAAAAACUGGAAGAAGAUAUGACAAGAUAUGCAUACUACUAUACUGCAAUAGCAACUGUUGUUCUUCUUUCUGCUUAUAUCCAAACUUCAUUUUGGACUCUAGCAGCAGGACGGCAAAUAAAGAAAAUCAGACAAAAUUUUUUUCAUGCCAUUAUGAAACAGGAGAUUGGAUGGUUUGAUGUCAAUGAUGUGGGAGAACUUAACACUCGUCUUCUAGAUGAUGUUUCCAAGAUUAAUGAAGGAAUAGGUGACAAACUUGGAUUGCUUUUUCAGUCAAUAACAACAUUUGUAGCAGGAUUUGUUGUUGGUCUCAUAAGAGGAUGGAAGUUAACCCUUGUAAUACUAGCAGUCAGUCCUGUCCUGGGCCUUUCAGCAGCCCUCUGGGCGAAGGUUCUCUCUUCUUUCACUGGCAAAGAGCAAGCUGCGUAUGCCAAAGCAGGAGCUGUUGCAGAGGAAGUUCUGUCAGCAGUCCGUACUGUAAUAGCUUUUGGAGGACAGGAAAAAGAGAUUAAAAGAUACCAUAAAAAUUUAGAAGAUGCAAAACGAAUUGGAAUAAAGAAAGCUAUUACAUCUAAUAUUUCCAUGGGUGCUGCCUUCUUUUUGAUAUAUGCUUCAUAUGCACUGGCCUUCUGGUAUGGAACUACCUUGGUCUUAAAUGAUGAUUACAGUAUUGGCAAGGUUCUGACAGUUUUUUUCUCUGUGUUGAUUGGAGCUUUCAGUAUUGGACAGACUGCUCCAAGCAUAGAGGCAUUUGCUAAUGCAAGAGGAGCUGCCUAUGCAAUCUUUAAUAUCAUAGAUAAUGAGCCUCAAAUUGACAGUUACUCAGAGACAGGUUACAAACCAGACCACGUUAAAGGGAACCUGGAAUUCCAAAAUGUUUACUUCAAUUAUCCAUCCAGGCCAGAUGUUGAGAUAUUAAAGGGCUUGAAUCUCAAGAUUAAUUGUGGCCAGACAGUGGCCCUGGUUGGUGGCAGCGGCUGUGGGAAAAGUACAACUGUUCAGCUCAUCCAGAGAUUUUAUGAUCCCAAGGAAGGCAUGAUUACCAUUGAUGGGCAGGAUAUUAAGACCUUAAAUGUCAAGUAUCUGCGGGAGAUCAUUGGUGUGGUGAACCAGGAGCCCGUGCUCUUUGCAACUACCAUUGCAGAAAACAUUCGCUAUGGCCGUGAGGACGUCACCAUGGAAGAGAUUGAAAAAGCCACCAAGGAAGCAAAUGCUUAUGACUUCAUCAUGAAGCUACCCAACAAGUUUGAAACCGUGGUUGGAGAAAGAGGGGCACAGCUGAGUGGAGGCCAGAAGCAAAGAAUAGCAAUUGCCCGGGCUCUGGUUCGCAAUCCUAAAAUUCUUCUGCUUGAUGAGGCAACGUCAGCUUUGGAUACUGAGAGUGAAUCAAUCGUGCAGGCAGCCCUGGACAAGGCAAGGGAAGGACGCACCACAGUCAUAGUAGCUCAUCGACUGUCCACAGUCCGAAAUGCAGAUGUUAUAGCUGUGUUUGAAGGUGGAGUUAUCUCAGAACAAGGGAAUCAUUUCAAAUUGCUUGAGAGAAAGGGAAUCUACUAUAAGCUUGUUAACCUGCAGACAAUUGAAACUGAAGGUCCAUCAUUAGGAAAAGAUGAGAAUGCACUUAGCAUCAAAGAAAGUGAAUCUGAAGAAUCCAUAACCAAAGGGUUGAGAAGACGAUCAACUCGGAGAAGUACAGGAAAGCCAAGUGCACAAGAUGAUGAACCUGAUGAGAAAACAAGUUCUCCUAAUGAAGAAUUACCUCCAGCUUCAUUUAUGAAAAUUAUGAAGUUGAACAAAACGGAAUGGCCAUACUUUGUAGCUGGAAUCUUUUGUGCAAUUCUCAAUGGAGCGAUACAACCGGCAUUUUCAAUCCUGUUUUCAGAAAUUAUAGGGAUGUUUUCAGGUGACCCCGCCACUAUAAGAGAAAAGGGCAACUUGUAUUCAUUGAUGUUUUUAGUACUUGGGAUCGUUUCCUUUUUCACUUUCUUUUUCCAGGGUUUCACAUUUGGCAAAGCUGGAGAAAUUCUUACAAUGAGACUUCGACUCAUGGCAUUUAAAGCAAUGCUUAGACAGGACAUGGGCUGGUUUGAUAAUUCUAAAAAUAGCACUGGAGCAUUAACUACAAGGCUUGCUAAUGAUGCCUCACAAGUGAAAGGAGCAACUGGAGUCAGACUGGCAUUAAUUGCUCAAAACAUAGCUAACCUGGGGACUGGAAUUGUUAUAUCGUUGGUUUAUGGCUGGCAGCUGACCCUGCUGCUUUUAGCUGUUGUGCCAAUCGUUGCUGUGGCAGGAAUGAUUGAAAUGAAGAUGUUGGCUGGCCAUGCUCUAAAGGAUAAAAAAGAGCUGGAAGCUGCAGGAAAGAUUGCCACAGAAGCCAUAGAAAAUAUUAGAACAGUUGUUAGUUUAACCCGAGAAAGGAAAUUUGAGUUGAUGUACAGAGAACAUCUGCACGUACCAUACAGAAAUUCGGUGAAGAAGGCACAUAUCUUUGGAUUUUGCUUUGCCCUUUCCCAGGCAAUGAUGUUCUUUACCUACGCUGCCUGUUUCCGGUUCGGUGCCUAUCUGGUGGUAAAUGACAAGAUGGAAUAUAAACAUGUGUUUUUAGUGUAUUCAGCUGUUGUAUUUGGUGCAAUGGCACUAGGACAAGCCAGCUCUUUUGCUCCAGACUAUGCCAAAGCCAAGACAUCGGCAGCCCACUUGUUUCUACUGUUUGAAAGAGUACCCUCAAUAGAUAGCUACAGUGAGGAAGGAGAGAAGCCUGAAACAUUUGGAGGGAGCGUGAUGAUCAAAGAUGUGGCAUUUAACUACCCCAAUCGACCAGAAGUCAAAAUCCUCCGAGGUUUGAAUCUAAAAGUAGAAAAGGGACAAACUCUGGCUCUUGUUGGUAGCAGUGGCUGUGGAAAGAGCACUGUUAUUCAGCUGCUUGAGAGAUUUUAUGAUCCACUUGAUGGACAAAUGCUUUUUGAUGGCAAAGAUGCAAAGACACUAAAUAUCCAGUGGCUGAGAGCUCAGAUUGGGAUUGUCUCACAAGAGCCAAUACUGUUUGACUGCACUAUUGCUGAAAACAUCGCCUACGGAGAUAACAGUCGGCAGGUGUCACACGAAGAAAUUGUUCGUGCAGCAAAAGAAGCCAACAUUCAUUCCUUCAUUGAGUCUCUGCCAGAUAAAUACAAUACCCGUGUAGGAGACAAGGGAACUCAGCUCUCUGGUGGUCAGAAACAACGUGUUGCGAUUGCCCGAGCUCUUGUACGUCAGCCCCAAAUUCUGCUCCUGGAUGAAGCUACAUCAGCCUUGGAUACAGAAAGUGAAAAGAUUGUCCAGGAAGCGCUGGAUAAAGCCAGAGAAGGUCGCACCUGCAUCGUGAUAGCUCACCGCCUCUCCACCAUCCAAAAUGCUGACAAGAUUGCUGUGGUGCAGAAUGGCAAGGUCAUAGAGCAAGGCACCCAUCAGCAGCUCCUGGCUGAGAAAGGCAUCUACUAUUCUCUGGUCAAUGUUCAGAGUGGCUCAUGCAACAUGUAAAUUAAAAGCAGUGCUUACCUCUGAAUUGUCAAUGUAAUUAUUUCAGUACCAAUAGAUGCUUUUGGCUGUCCUUGUUUCUUUCCUAAGUCCUGUGGAGACAAGAAAUCCUAAGUAAACAUGUACAAGCUUCUCACUGCUCGUUUUCAUUAUUCAAACCACUCUGCCGUGUGUCCGAGGCAGAGGCCUAUUGCACUCAUAAAAGUAGAAUCAUGCUAAGCCAAAUGUAACUAAUAUUACCUUGCUUUGAACUCUGUCAAAAUUAUACUAAUCAGAAAUGUUUGAUAAACAACCUGUAAACAUGUUAAUGCUUGAUAAAAAUAGUUUUGUUAUUGACAGAAACAAAUCUUAAGCCUUAUCCUCACUGUGCCUGUGUAAGUUACAGUCAGUCCUGGCCUAUUAGGCUUGAUAUCACCUUGUCAUGAGAAUUAUCACCUUGUCAGAUGGAACUUGAUGUUUCUUGUUAUAAUAGGGAGUUUUGGCCUGGGAUGACAGCAAAGGUUUUGCAAAUAUGGACACAGGCUGAAAACAGAGGUCCUAGAACUCUAAAUGCCCUGCUGAUGGUCAGUUACAGGUCAUUGAAGAGGUGCCACCUUAAGAACUGGGAAAAUACUGUUUUAAGUAUUACCUAGAAAUGAACCAACAUAUGAGGAAACAUACACAACUGAUGUGCAAGGCAAGGCACGUGCUGCAGCCUGGCAAAGUAGUAUCUGCAAGUCUCCCCAGGUCCUAAACAUCAGAGGUCAAGGGCUAAGAACUGUCUAAAGACUGCAAUAUUUUAUAACAAGUGAAAAUCCUGCAUUUGGGCUUGGAGGAAGAGGAAGGAAGCACCUUUUUCAGCGUUAGCUUCUUUCAUUGAAGAGUUCUUGACUGACUGAGACUUUGAAGGACUGUUACCGUUGGUGCUAAUUACAUGACAUCACCUCUGUGGUAUUGUAUAUUAGUUGCUAAUUUGAGUGUUAAGGGCUAACUGCAUUGAACAUGUAGUAAUACUGAUUGAACUAACCAUUAGCAAUGUAUAUUGUUAAUGAACAUAUGAGAAGUAAAGUUUUGUUUCUGAGUUUGAAA